AUGCUACAACCACGGCUACAACAUGUGUGCAAGCAAUGCCGCGCCUUACUUACCUCCUUCCGCAGCCGCAGUUAUGCUACUACUGUCGUCGAGGAGCCGGUGCGCGCCUCGACUACCACCGCAGACGCCAUGGUCUUCUCGCCCGCUGCCGCACCAAUGCGUAAAGACUCCGGCUUCCAGCUGAAGACAUACAAGCCACGCACGCCUGGUGUCCGCCAUCUCAAACGGCCCAUAAACGACCAUCUCUGGAAAGGCGGGCCUCACCGCCCUCUCACUUUCGCCAAAGUGGGUCAUGGGAAAGGCGGACGCAACAAUAGCGGUCGUGUUGUGAUGCGGCACCGCGGAGGUGGCCACCGAAGACGCAUCCGCACAGUUGAUUACGUCCGCUCUACACCUGGCAAACACAUCGUCGAACGCAUCGAAUACGACCCUAACCGGAGCGCUCACCUUGCAUUACUGGAGAGUGUGAAGACGAAGGAAAAGUCGUAUAUUGUUGCCGCCGAAGGCAUGCGUGCUGGCGACGUCGUGGAGUCCUUCCUCUCCGGCGUGCCGAAGGACCUCUUGGCCAGCAUGGGCGGCGUAAUGGACCCUGGUAUGCUAGCCGCCAAGACAGCGUUCCGCGGCAACUGCCUUCCUAUGCACAUGGUACCGCUGGGUACGCAAGUCUACAAUGUCGGGUCCACUGGUGGGAAGGGUGCAGUCUUCUGUCGCAGUGCUGGCACAUAUGCGACAGUGAUUGCAAAGGAGGAGGUGGGGCCGGAGCACAAGAAGAAGGUGAAGGACGUCACGGUGCGGCUGCAGAGUGGUGAAGUCAGGAAGGUGGACAAGAAUGCGUGUGCGACUGUCGGAGUGGCGAGCAAUCCGCAUUGGCAGUUUAGGCAGCUUGGCAAGGCCGGUCGGAGUAGGUGGCUGAACAUCCGCCCGACUGUCAGAGGCGUGGCGAUGAACGCUGUGGAUCAUCCGCACGGAGGCGGCCGUGGUAAGAGCAAGGGUAAUGUGCAUCCUGUGUCCAUCUGGGGCACUCCAGCCAAAUCAGGCUACAAGACGCGCAAGAAGCGCAACCCGAACAAAUAUGUUGUACAAGAGCGCCCAAGGAACCAUGGCAAGCGGAAGAGAGACAACUAA